GUUAAAAAUAGGAAUAAAUAAAAAUUCUUUAAUGUCAUGUUUUUAUUUAUUUCUUCCAGGUGCAGGAUACCAUUCAACACAAAAAAAAGAUGCUUAUGUGAAACUCUGUAAAUCUAAAUGCUUAAAGGUGUCUCAUUUGCUCAAGAAAGGGUGGGGUGCUGUAGAAUGUGUGGCAGAGGCAGUUAAAUGUUUAGAGGAUUCAGUGCUGACUAAUGCAGGUAUGGGAUAUAAUCUAAACCUCAGUGGCUCUGUUGAAUGUGACGCCUCUGUUAUGGAGGGAAAGAAGCUGAUGUUUGGAGCAGUGGGGGCCAUUUCUGGUGUCAAGAACCCAAUAGAGGUGUCGGCCUCACUGGUAACCAGACAGUUGGGGGACAAAUUGUCCUUAGGGAGACUUCACCCAAGUGUUCUUGUAGGUGAUGGAGCUAAACAAUGGGCUGAAGAAAAUGGAAUAAAAACUUUGGAAACUAGACACCUAAUUACAGAUGAUGCACAGAAAACUUACCAGAAUCACAAAAGGGAACUGGACAUUGUAAAUGAAAGAGACGCCAACAAGAAAAUGAAGUUAUCAGAACAGGAAGAAGAGAAGAUACAGGACACUGUGGGAGCUAUUGUCAUGGAUACCAGUGGUAACAUAGCAACAGCGGUGUCCAGUGGUGGAAUUUCUCUCAAACAGCCAGGUAGGCUUGGUCCUGCAGCAACAUAUGGUGCAGGAUGUUGGGCCUACAAUCAGAGACCAGGAAAAGCAGGGGUGGGAACCAGUACAUCAGGAAGUGGAGAACACAUUAUGAAGACAUUACUGGCCAGAGAGAGUGCCUUGUCUAUACAACGGGAAGAUAAUGCUAGUCUGGGACUGUCUAACUGUUUUAAAAAUAACUUCUUAGAGUCGGAGUUUUUAGAAGAAGAGGCUGACAAGUUAGCUGGGGUGCUGGCUCUCAAACAGAAUGAGGGGGAUACAGUGGAAGUAUUAUGGGGUCACACAACAGAUAGCAUGUGUGUGGGGUAUAUGUCCUCUUCACUGAAGAAACCAAAGGUUGUCAUGUCUCGACUCCCAGAAGGUGGGAUACCUGGGAAAUCUUUCACCAUGUCUGGAGUCUCCAUAUGAGAGGAUACCCAAUAGAAUGUCCUCACAAACCAAUUAUUGUGUGUCUAUAUAUAGAUACCAGGGAAAUCUCUCACCACAUCUGAAGGGGCUGAGUCUAUAUAUUGAGACUAGGGAAAUCCCAGACCACAUCUGUAGGGGCUGUGAUUCUAAAUAUAAAGACUUGGAACUGCACCAUAGCUAGUCCUUCACCAUGUCUGAUGUUUCAAAACGAGGUUAUAUGCAGAUACUGGAAGAGGAAUUCUUUGACAAGUGUCCAUAUGGAAGACAUAAUGGAAAACCAGGGACAUAAUUUUUCCGCCUCUGUUGUGUUCAUUCAAGGGGACAAACUAUAUAAUGCAAUUUCAUUUUGUUUGCCUUUGUAAGACUUUUUGUCUCUGGUUUGGAGAAUUUUACAAAGAUUCAAAUUAACCUUAAAGCUAAUAAAACAUCCUUGUCGAAAUUGGUUGUUGGU